GUCCCACACAGCAACCUCAUCUCACUCCCACAAGCAAGUGGAGGAAGAGAUAUUUCCACCAGCCCCAUCGUCAAACCAGUUGCCUCAACUUCUCUCCUGAGAACCAUCCUUUGACUUGGAGCUGCAUUUCAAACUAACAGGAUAGUCUGGGAUACAAGACAGCUGUCAAUGGAUCUGCCCUAUUACCACGGCCCUCUGAGCAAGCGAGACUGCGAGACCUUGCUGCUCAAGGAAGGGACAGACGGCAACUUUCUGUUAAGAGACAGCGAGUCCCUGCCUGGAGUCCUGUGCCUCUGUGUCUCGUAUAAAAAUUUUGUCUACACAUACCGAAUCUUCAAAGAGAAACAGGGUUAUUACAAGAUUCAGACCACGGAAGGUGUGCCCAAGCAGAUCUUUCCAAACCUAAAGGAACUGAUCUCCAAAUUUGAGAAACCAGAUCAAGGGCUGGUGGUUCAACUUUCAAAGCCAAUAAAGAAGACCAACCCCUACCUGAUGUGGAGAAGCUCAAAAUUAGAGUUGGACAGCAUUUAUGAGAACAGUGAGGAUGACUAUGUGAAUGUCUUGCCUUGAAGGGAGACAGACUGGACACAACAAAGAGAGGAGAUGGGUGACAGCUCAUGGCCACCUGCUUCUCCUGCAGGUGUGGGUCUGGAAUACCGAACCCCAGUGGACAAUGCGGACUCUCUGGAUCGGGGUAACUGAAGGUGCUCUGUCCACCAGCUUCAGAGAAGUGGCUGCCUGUUUCCCACCUCCCAGGCAGAUCGCAUGAGCAGCUUCAAAGCCCCUUUUCACCCCUCAGACUUCUUUCUUGGAAUGGGACCACCGAAAGCUCUUCUCCUUGGCUUGUUAAAGGCAUUAUGGCUACAUCGUGUUUGGCAUCUUUCUUCUGAAUGAGCGGAGGGACACCUUCGAACAGAGAAGAGCAGGCUGGGAUUGCUGGGAGGCCCACUUAGGCACAAGUGUGGAGACCUGAGUUCCAGGCCUGUGACUCUGAAACUUUGUCCACACCUCUUUCCUUCUCUAGAUCUGUUUCCUCUUUUACAGAACAAGUGGUUUGGUGGGGCAAUACACAUUGCUCUCAUCUGUCUCCUGACUGUGUCAGGUAAAGUUGGGCAAUCUGAGGACAAUGAAAAUGCCCACAGACCAGGGAGGGAUCAGGGUCUCUGCCUCCCUGAGCAAGCCAGCACGUUCUCUGUUUCUGCCCGUACUGGUCGUGGUCAUGGUGGAGGACUUGAUCCUUCUCCACCCAGCCGCGCUUUUCCCUCCCUUCAUAACUUGUCUUCUUCCAGUCUUGAUCUUCCUGCAAAAUAUCACCUUGGACACAAUUUCUCCUUGAUUUUGUGUGAGUCCAUUUAUGCAUCAAACAGGGCUAGCUGGCAGGACAGCACCGAGCAGAGCAGCACAGAGCAGGGCAGAGCUAGAUAGCUAAACAGGGCUAGCUGACCAGGUGCCCCCUUUCUCUUAAGGGGCUGCAUCGCAUUCAAUGGCAUAAACCAGCAAAGUCAUAAUUAUGUAACAAGCUCAAAAACACAGUAUAAGUAAUAACAUAAGUUGUUUACCCUGUGGCCUUCAAACAUGGUAAGAUAGGAGGUGAGGGAGCCAGACUAAACCAACCUGACUCUAUUUGCAAUAUGACAUCUUUGACCUUUAUGUACAUGAUAUGGUACUAUUACUCCAGUUCUGUUCUUAGUAUUAUUUUUAUGUAAUACUAAUUGGUUCUAUUAUUUAUUGUUGAGUGUCUAUCUUAUUUAGGACCUCAGAAUUGGUGCACGGUAUCCCACAGUGUACACCCACCACACUUUGCUCAUCCAGUCCUCUAGAGAUAGACCUGUAGGCUGGAUUCAAUCCCCUACUACCAGAAACCACCUUGGACAAGCCUCCUUAUGAAAUGGAGAGAGAGUUUCUCUGCACUAUCUGGGCAGGUGAUAAAGUGUGCUCAUGUUUAAUUAUGGUGUAAUCAAACCCAUGGUUUUUUGUUUGUUUGUUUGUUUCCUUAUGGCCUCUGCUACUUUUGGUUCUUGUUUACCAAGUCCUUCCUCACUCUAACAUCAUGAAAAACUAAUUCCAUACUUUCUUCUGCUGAAGAGUGGUUCCUACUGAAGAUGGUUCCUCCUUUAUAUGUUUCCUCUCUGCAGCUGGGAUUUUAACGCUGUCAAGCCUUUUUGUUGACUUAUGCCCAGUGUCCAGGAAAAGUCUUUCGUAUAGAGUAGAGGCUAAGUAAAUAACUGUUGAAUAAAUGAUGAAUCCUGGUUUCACCUUUAUAUAUGGCAAGAGGUGAGAAACCAACUUUCUGUUUCUGCAUAUAUAGAUCAAGUUUUCUCAUUUCAAUCUGCUUAUCAAUUCAUCUUCCUCCCCUCUGACUUAUGGUUCCUCAUAUAAUACAUCACGUGGUUCUGAUACUUUGGCUUUGUAGUGUCUUAUGAUCAAGCUUUUAUUUUUGAAAAUGACUUUCCUGUUCACGGUCCUUGAUUCUUCCAUAUACACUUUACAAUAAAUAUGUUAAGUUGCUAGAUAUCCCUUACUGAAAUUUCAAAUAAACUGGCAAUUAAUUUAUAAAGUAAUUAGGAAAGAACUGAUAUUCUUGUGAUGUUUCCCGGAGCAUAAACAUGCUACAUGCAUUCAUUCAAGUCAUGUGUAUUGCUCUCCAAUGGAGUUGUAGAAGUCUUGUAUGGUCUAUUAUAUUAAUUUCUAAUUAUUUUCAGUUGUUGUAAAUGAUAUCUUAUGUUUUAUUACGUUUCUAAUAGACUUUGAUGAUAGCAAAAUAUUUACUCUCGCAUCAGAUGUACUAGUUUGCCUGCGGAUCCUGUUGUGUUUUCUAUAUAUAUGAUUUUGUCAGCUGUAAAUAAUCACAUUUUGUUCUUUCUUUUCAAUACUUAUGCUUAUUUAUUUUUUUGUGUUUACUUCAUUGGCCAGGGCUCUGAGAUACAUUAAACAGUAGUCAGGAUAGUUAUAAUUUUUGUAUUGUUCUCAAUAUUAUAGUGAAUGCUUAGAAAUCUUCUCCAUUUAAGCAUAUGUAUGUGACAAUAGUCUUUAUUAAGGCUACUUUAGAAUUUUCUUCAAAAUGUUUUGAAACUUGUGACUUUUUUCCUACACCUAUUGGUAUCACCACUUUUUAUUUUAUCCCUUCAUAGAGAUAAAUUACAUUAGUAAAGUUGUCAAUAUCAUAACCAUUCUUGCAUUACUUAACUUUAUCAUGUGGUAUUAGUUUUAAUAAACUGUUGGAUUUACUAAUUAAUAUUUUGUAUUAAAAUCAUAAGCCACAGAAGAUUGCAAUGGCUGAAUCAUGUUAUUCUCAUCAUAUAAAGUGAAUUAAAUUUUUUCUCCUUUUCCUGUUUUCUGCAA